AUGACAGCUACAUCACCUGUUACCUGUUGCCUCGAGAUUAAUGAGUGCAGGAGUUACAGAGUUUAUCCCCGUGUACCAUCUGUUGUACCAUCUGUUGUACCAUCUGGUGUACGGUCUGGUGUACCAUCUGUUGUACCGUCUGUUGUACCAUCUGGUGUACCAUCUGUUGUACCAUCUGUUGUACCAUCUGUUGUACCAUCUGUUGUACCAUCUGUUGUACCAUCUAUUGUACCGUCUGUUGUACCAUCUGUUGUACCAUCUGUUGUACCAUCUGUUGUACCAUCUGGUGUACCAUCUGUUGUACCAUCUGGUGUACCAUCUGUUGUACCGUCUGUUGUACCAUCUGUUGUACCAUCUGUUGUACCAUCUGUUGUACCAUCUGGUGUACCAUCUGUUGUACCAUCUGGUGUACGGUCUGGUGUACGGUCUGGUGUACCGUCUGGGACAAAAUUCACUCCCCGUGGUGAACCUGAGUCAAGGGAAUGA